UGUGGGUAGCGGAUGUAUCGAAGGCAGUGGUUUUACAUGACUCGUAUAAGAAGUAUCCCAGGCGGGCUUUCUUUACAGUUUUUGAAACACAAAGUUAUAUUUUUACAAAGUAGUAAAGCUCCUAUUUUAAAAAGCACAGAACUAGAUUAUCAUAUAAUAAAUUCAAGUAGAAAACGAGGGUCUGCGCCCCCUCAAAGAGCCCAUCAUGAAGCUGACGGACAAUGUGCUGCGGAGCUUCAGGGUUGCAAAGGUUUUCCGAGAAAAUUCAGACAAAAUCAACUGUUUUGAUUUCAGUUCAAACGGCGAAACCAUAAUUUCUAGCAGCGACGAUGACUCCCUGGUUUUAUACGACUGCCAGGAGGGAAAACCCAAGCGGACCCUCUACAGUAAGAAGUAUGGAGUGGAUCUGAUCAGGUACACACAUGCAGCCAACACCGUGGUCUACAGCUCCAACAAAAUUGAUGACACUAUCCGGUACCUCUCCCUCCAUGACAACAAGUACAUCCGGUACUUCCCCGGACACAACAAAAGAGUGACGGCUCUCUCCAUGUCCCCUGUGGAUGACACGUUUAUCUCAGGAUCUUUAGACAAGACAAUUCGGCUAUGGGACCUGCGGUCUCCAAACUGCCAGGGCCUGAUGCACCUCCAGGGGAAGCCAGUUUGCUCCUUUGAUCCUGAGGGUCUGAUCUUUGCUGCUGGAGUGAACUCCGAGAUGGUCAAACUGUAUGACCUGCGAUCCUUUGACAAGGGUCCUUUUGCUACCUUCAAGCUACAAUACGACCGUACGUGUGAGUGGACAGGACUCAAGUUCAGCAACGAUGGGAAGCUCAUCCUUGUCUCAACCAAUGGGGGUGCUCUCCGCCUCCUCGAUGCUUUCAAGGGAGCUGUGAUGCAUUCCUUUGGGGGCUACAACAACAGCAAAGCUGUGACGCUGGAGGCCUCCUUCACUCCUGAUUCUCAGUUUAUUAUGAUCGGCUCUGAGGAUGGGAAGAUCCACGUGUGGAAUGCAGAGGGUGGGAUGAAGGUGGCGGUUCUGGAUGGGAAGCACACGGGUCCCGUCACCUGCCUUCAGUUCAACCCCAAAUUCAUGACUUUUUCUAGUGCCUGUUCAAACAUGGCAUUCUGGCUCCCCACUAUUGAUGAUUGAUUGAGAGAGAGAGAUGCUAUGGAGGCCACUGGCAACGUGAGAUCCCAUUUAAAACCAGCAGGUGUAGGCACAUCCAGCUCUGUGUGUGUGUGGCCAAUUCAAGUUGAUUGUAAAUAUGUAGGACUUCAGGAAUAUACAUUGUCAGAUUUUUGUAACAUUAAAUGUUUUCAUUUUCUAA